AUGAUAACCAUCGAUAAGAUCAAGGAAAACUUUCCCAUCCAUUGGCACGUGUGGAAUAAUGAUUAUCAGGAGCUGCAGCAAGCCAUUGGCGAGAAAACGCAUGACCUGGAAAAGCUGGAUCCACGGGGUCGAACACCGCUAAUGCUGGCGGUAAAACUGUGUCACCUGGAAUGCGUCAAAGCGCUGCUGGCCGCUAAAUGUAACGCCAACGUCGAAUGUGACGGAUGGUCAGUCGUACAGGAAGCCGUCUGCUCCGGUGAUCCGAACAUUCUGACCGCCAUCCUGGAGGUGCGUGAUCUGCAACGGCACAUCAAGCGCGUCUCGCACGUGCCCCAGCUGCUGCAGCACCUGCAGGACACGCCCGACUUUUACAUCGAGAUGAAGUGGGAGUUCACCAGCUGGGUGCCGCUAAUGUCGCGCGUCUGCCCGAGCGACACGUACAAGGUGUUCAAGCGGGGCUCGAACGUGCGCAUCGACACGACGCUGCUCGGCUUCGACAACAACACCUGGCAGCGGGGCAACCGGAGCUACAUCUACAAGGGCCAAUCGAAGACGGCGAGCAUGAUCGAGAUCGAUCACGACACGGGCGAGGUGUCGGUCGAGCACAUGCGCAACAUCGAGGAUGAAAACAUCGACGGCAUCCGGCCGAGCCGGGAGGCGGUGAACCUGCGCCUGCAGGCCCCAGUCAUCUGCAAUCACAUCGACAUGGACAAGAUCAGCUUCGAGCGGAACAAGUCCGGCUUCUGGGGGUGGCGCAGCGAGAAGGUCGAAUCGAUCAACGGGUACGAGUGCAAGGUGUACGGGGCGAGCAACGUGAAGUUUAUCACGCGCACCCGCAACGAACACUUGGGCAGUGAGCAGGCGAGGGUGAAAAACUCCCGCACCCCGCUGCAGCACUUCCUCGGCAUGACGGAGGAAGACUACGACCAUGCGGCGGUGGCCGGUUCGAGUACAAGUGCGCUUAGGGGAGGAGAGCAGCCGCCGCCGCCCAGUGCCCCGUCGUCGCCGUGUAACAAUGGUUCGGAGGAUCGCACGCCGGACGGAGCGGAGGGCGAGUGCAGUGGCACCGCGCAGGAGGCAGCACCGUCGGCCGAAGAGUACUUCUCCGACGUGGACCUGAACGGGCGAGACGUCGGUAAACCAAAGCGAAUCACUGCCAAAGAGCAAAUGUUUAAGGCCAACAUCUGGCUGAGCGAAGAGUUCCCGAUCAAGCUGCAGGAGCAGGUGCUGCCGAUACUGGACCUCAUGUCUACGAUGGCCAGCCCGCACGUGUCGAAGCUGAAGGACUUUAUCACGAUGCAGCUGCCGUCCGGAUUUCCCGUUAAAAUUGAAAUUCCACUCUUCCACGUGCUGAAUGCGGUCGUCACGUUUGGGAACGUUUUUGCGAUCGAAAACCCGGUCCCGCACGUCAGCCAUAUCCGCGAGAGCGACGAGCGGGUGACGUGCGUGAUCGACGACGCGUGCUUCGAAGCGCCGAGCGGGUACGGUGUCCGGCGGGGCAUCGCCGAUUUCCGGCAGCAGCUCACGUUCGAGGACGAGGACGAGCUGAUGCAGUUCGCCAUCCAGCAGAGCCUGGUCGAUUCGGGCAGCGAGAACGACAAGGUGGACAUCUGGGAGGCACUCAAAGCGCCGAGACCACUGACGCCGCUGUACUACGAGGACGAGCAGCUGCAAAGAGCUUUGCAAGAAUCACUGAUAACCGGAUUUCAAAGCAGUAGCGCAGCGACCGCCACCACCACCGCCGCCGCCGCCGCCUCUACGAUCCCUCCCGCCCUAGCCCUCGACCAUCCUGGCGGUCUAGCGGAUGCCUCGCCGGACGAACCCGACUCCGUGCCCGACUAUCUCGAUCCGAACCUGGAGCUGGCAAUCAAGCUGAGCCAGGAAGAGGAAACGCGCCGCGAAGAGGAACGUCGGCGGGAGGAAGAAAUGUUGGCGGAAGUGUUGCGGCUCAGCUUGCAGGACAAAUAAGGACACUACGGCCGCGGCGGAGCGAUUACGAUGACGUUGGUGAAGGUGUGGAAAAAAAUAGAUGCUUCCGUACGAAGAUGAUCGAAUGCGAUCGAUCAACUGUGAACGAAACGACGGAUGACAUUGAAAUGGCGUCCUAUGCAGACACGGACCCCUGCGUGCAUCUUCCAACGUGCAGAAACCUCAUCCCCAUCCCUUACGAGGUGCUAAGCGAAGACGGGCGUAUUAGCGUGGAAUUUAGACCCGGUGCGUAUUAUUUAAUUCGAGUUAACCACAACGUUUACGCUGCCAUAGCAGAACGAACACAAAUGCGCCAAAGGGUGCACCAUCCUAUCAAAGCCAAGCGCUCACGCAUGAAAGGGAAAGUACAACGGAGUGUGUGGAGUGUGGGUCGCGUGCGUCAGUUGUCCCGAACCGAUCCCACUUUAAAUCAAUUGGUACGCUGCUCCCUUCCUACCUAGUGCGUAACGCGGCCCUUUAUGAGAACCACUCUUAACGUCCAGUAGCUUCUUAUUUAUUAGUACCGUGACAUCAAGUGAUGCGCUAGAGCAAUAAUGCAAACGCAAAUCUUUACGCCCAUUCCCAUUAUUCGGGUUCGAAAAGAAAACCCUUCUUCCGCUCCCGCGCAAACAAAACAAAAACUUACCCCACACAACAAUCGUCUAGAGAGGAGGAGAGAAAAGAAAGAAAAAGAGAGGAAAAAACAGUGGAAAAGGAGGUAUGUUUCCUACAUAGUAUAUGUAUAUGUACGUACGUAUGAACUACGCGCUCAUACAGGUACAACAAACCAAUUGAUGCGUGCGCCAAAGCUGAUUCUUGCGGAUGAUUUUUUUUUCGUUUUGUUUCUGUUUUUCGAUAGCUAUUAAUUAAUGUACACUAUACCUACUACCUGAAAGGCGUAAGUAAGUAAGAGCCAGGAUAAAGCAAAAACCCUAAAGUGAAAUACAAAACUAUUUUAUACUAAUCGCUUCAUAAUCACAGUCAAUAAAUUUUAUCUAUUUAUACUA